AUGGCAGCACCCCCACUGGCAACUGAUCUUUUCCGCACUCGCAAUGGGAGGAUGAAAGCGUGUGAGCCCUGUAGAAGGCGGAAGACGGCAUGUGAUCACACCUUACCGAUAUGUACCCAGUGCAUACAGCGAAACGCGCCGCAAUACUGCGUGUACAUGCUUCCUCGAACUUCUGCCUUUCAAAGCAACAACCCGACCCUGGCAUCCACGGACAUGCCAGACGCGUUUGCCAACAGCGUACAGGCCGGCGUAAGCUCCAAUGGUCCAUCCGUCACAUCCACCACCGCGGGGUCUGCCUUACAGACUGUUGGCCAGUUUUUUGGGUCUACAAGUUUUCUUGCUGCGUUUGACGAAAAACUCUACUCGCCUGUCUUGACCCAACCACGGGAAAUGCCCAUGUCAAUCUCCUCGUCUGAUUUUGAGAUCGACCCUAGCUUCAGCAUCGACCCUGAUCUACUCCCGCUCGCUACCAAGAUCUUGGCGCAAUUCCCUGAUGACCGAACGUGUCAAAUACUGUUUGAACGAUACAAUAAUCUAAAUGACGAAAUCAUCAGACCCUCCAUAGCCCGUGUCAUGAAGUCGUUCUGGCUUCACUUCGGCGAAGAGCUGAGGCAGGGAAAAGUAAGCAGCAUUCGCAAGAUCGCCACGCUGAUUUCUUACAACACCAGUCAUCCCAUGGAAGAUGACGAGGAUGGUUUAGAGAGAUGGAUGAAGUCUUCAUCAUUGCAAACAAUACGAUGGGAGAGCAUUGGAAUCAUCCUUUCACACCUAAGUUACGGAAUCAUCAGCUCCGGCGGGGAAGACUUGUUCCUGGUUGAACAGGAAGGAUCGGAAAAGGAUCGAGAAAGAAUUCUGAAGCAAAUGCGUGAGUGUGUCGGUAACUGUAUCAAAUUGUGUCGGGCAUACGCUGGGAACACGCUCCUUGCGUACUUGAUUUACAAGCACUUGAUACUAGAAGGUAUUGUGAAUGGAGACACAAGUCCAACAGUAUGGAUGUUGCAUGGAGAACUCAUUAGCACUGUAACAACAAUGGGCAUGCAUAUUGAGAGUAAAAGGUCCCAAGCCCGGACCGACCUCUCGAUCGAAAUGAGACGGAGGGUAUUCUCGUCUAUCUUCAUCAUGGACAAGAUUUUAGCCACAUUUACUGGGCGGCCCCCAUUGUUGAGUCACCGAUUCACCUCCACGCUACUCCCUCUCGACAUCAGUGAUGAAGCCCUACUUGCUGGUGAUGACAGCAUUGCCGCGUCUGUAGCGAGUUUGGACGACGGUUGGAGCACGAAUGGCAUGUUCCAUCCUAGUGGAAUGCUACGGGCCCGGAGAUCAUUGGCGACUAUUCGUUCGGAGAUUCUUGACGAGGCAUUAGGACAGUCAUCGCUUUAUAAGACUAACCGAGAUUUGCUAGAACUACGACAGCGUUCUAAACAGCUAUACUCUACUCUUCCUUCUGUGUUUGUUCAUCGACUGGAAGACUACACCAUGCCUGAGAAGCCCAUGUCGGAAAACUUUGCCCGGUUCAACCUUCGACUGGAGUAUUUGUACAGUAUGUUUUUACUCGAAAAGCUUAUCAGUAAGCAUCAGCAGUCCUCCGGUCAGGAGGUCUUCGAUAUCUGCCGAGAGAUUCUCUCGCUCGUUCUUUUAUUUGGGAAUCAAAAGGAACGUUUCAUCGAGGUCAGCACAGGUGUCAGCUGGAUGAUUCUCAACUUUGCCAUUCCCGCAAGUGGCACACUUUGCACCGAACUUUUGAGGCAGACUCGAUCAACUUCAACUUCUCAGGGGCCAGGGCAUUAUGCGUGGAUUCCUCGUUCCGAAACAAUCCACAAUCUAAGCAUGCUCGUCACCUUUCUCGACUGGAUUCCAUCAUCGGCACCAAACGCUACCGUGUGCCAGAGAUUGCGACAAAACAUCAGUGACGUUUUAGAUCAGCUUGAAGCUUGUCUUCCUGCUGAAAGAGAAAGAGAGAUCAUGCUGCCCGACCAAAGUAUCACGCCUUUAGAUAUGUACGACUUUGAAGCUUGGGCCGAUUUCACCAACCUGGAUUACUUGGGUGAUCUUAACUCGGUAGACUUAUUCAAUUGGAUUACUUAG